AUGGCCAGUGUGAGUAUUGUGGUAAACGGCCUGGUUAACAUCAGUAUUUCUACAAUUGAGAAGCGUUAUGAGUUGAACAGUUCCCUCACUGGCUUGAUCUCUGCAAGCUAUGACAUUGCUUUCUGUAUAUUGUCACUGUUCGUAUCUUUCUUUGGCGAAAGAGGGCACAAGCCACGGUGGCUUGCUUUUUCAGCAUUUAUGCUAGGAUUGGGCUCACUUAUAUUUUCCUUACCACACUUCAGUAGUGGAAAAUAUCAGUAUGGAUCUAAACUUGAAGAUACAUGUCAAAUUCCAGGAGGAAACUCUGCUAACGUUACUUGCAGUGCCAGCACAAAGUCUACACUUUCCAACUACCUGUAUGUCUUUAUUCUGGCCCAGCUGCUGCUGGGAGUUGGAGGAACCCCACUAUACACUUUGGGGACAGCUUUUAUCGAUGACAGUGUCCCAAAACACAAGUCUUCCCUUUAUAUAGGAAUUGGCUAUGCCAUGUCACUGCUGGGUCCUGCUGUUGGUUAUGUCUUAGGAGGGCAGCUACUUAAUAUUUAUAUUGAUAUCCAGAUUCCAGAAAGUACAAGGAUGGAUCAAGAUGACCCACGUUGGCUUGGAGCAUGGUGGAUAGCAUUUCUUGCAUGCUUUUUUGCAAUUUGGCUUCUGAUAAUACCUUUUUCAUGCUUUCCAAAACACCUGCCAGGCACAGCAAAAAUACAAGCUGAAAAAAUCUCUGAGACCCAUAAUGAUGGAAGUGAGGCACUUGUUGAAAUCAAGAACAUUGGAAAAAGUUUUAAAGACUUUCCUAUGGCGCUCAUGAUACUGUUGAAGAAUCCUGUGCUCAUGAGUCUAAUAAUAGCAAGUUCUUCAGAAGCUUUAGUUGCCACAGGCUUUGCCACAUUUUUACCAAAGUUUAUAGAAAAUCAGUUUGGACAGACAUCAAGUUUUUCGGCAACUCUAGGAGGACUUGUAUUAAUUCCAGCAGCAGCACUAGGCCAAAUCAUAAGUGGCUUCUUGGUUUCCAAGUGCAAAAUGGAUUGCAAAAGCAUAAUCAAGUUCAUGAUAGGCACUUGUUCAGUGGCACUACUAUUAAACACAGUAUUUUUAUUUGCUAAAUGUGGGAAUGAACCAUUCGCAGGUGUCUCUGAAACAUAUAAUGGAACAGGCAUGCUACAUAACUUAACAGCACCAUGCAAUGCUAACUGCAAAUGUUUGCGCUCCAUGUAUUACCCAGUCUGUGGCAGAGAUGAAGUCCAGUAUUUUUCUCCCUGUUUUGCAGGAUGCACAUCACAUCUUCUUAACAACAAGAAAAAGACUUUCCACAACUGUUCCUGUAUUGGGAAACCAGAGACAGAAAAUAACUCAGAAGACUUUCUCUAUGAAGCUAUCCCUGGGAAAUGUCCAGUACAAUGCAAACUGUUACCUUUAUUUCUGCUCUUUUUCUUCUUGACUGUUGUUUUCACAUUUAUGGCUGUUACACCAACAACUGUGGCCAUUCUCAGGUGUGUGCCAGAUAAACAGCGCUCAUUUGCACUUGGAGUACAAUCAGUGUUUCUACGACUACUAGGUACUGUUCCUGGUCCAAUAUUGUUUGGUGUGGCAAUAGACAACAGUUGUGCUCUAUGGGAUAUUAAUGAAUGUAAAACUAAAGGAGCCUGUUGGGUUUAUGAUAAUGAAAGAAUGGCUUAUCUGCUGAUGGGUAUAAGUGCUGCUUGUAAAAUCAUCACUAUCAUAUUUGUUGUCAUGGCGGUCUGCUUAUAUAAGCCUCCACCAACAAGUUCAGCCCUGUCACAGAAGGAUUCAGAAAUGGUAUCUGCUGUACGCACAUAAUCCUGAGCAAAUUGGAACUUUCAAAAGAAGCCAAUAGAAUAAGCUCUGUUACAAUAUUUGUACCAAACUUCUUGUACAAUGUUACCUAAGUAAAAAGUGCAGUAUUUAAGUCUUGAACAAUUUAAAAUAUUUGUGAAUUUGUAGUGCUCACUAAUCUCUGAGCAUGAUUUUUGGUAUUCCAUUGUUUCUGCAAAAGUGACAUGUUUUCCAGGUGGCUGACUUCUAAAUAUAAGUAUCUAAUUUGAAUGAAACAGGAUGGAAUAGUCUAAUUGGAAAAAGGAAAAAUGAGGUGAACUGGACUGACUGCAAGAUAUGUUUCUGCUGCUUAUUAGGUAAUACCUAAGUGAGAUUGUAGUAGCAGAAAAUAAGUAACUUGAUAUAUCAAGGGAACUGUCAGUCUUCAGAAUGGGAAUUAUUUUAAUGGGCACAUGAUCUGGGCCAGGACCUUAGAUGCCGAUUUUUGACUGUAGAUACACUUGGGAAUGUGCAAAUUUGGAUGUGUUUUAAAUAUUUUUACAUGCUAUCUUAAUGGCAUAAAUUGGUCACUUUUUAGUAUUUGUAGAAAAAUGUAAAUAGUUAUUAUAGGCUAGCCAGGCUUGUAAAUUAACAAACUUUUUGUU